UCUAUUUAUCGUGGGUGUCUACCGCUGCCUUCUGUCAGCGCCAGCGGCGUAUCGUCGGAGGGGAACCUCUGCAGCCGGGAGCCUGGCCAUGGCUGGUAUCCUUAAAUUAUAAACUUCACCACCCGUACCUGGAACUUCAAGGUCUGCAGCAUCUCUGUGGUGCAACAUUGAUCAGUCCCUCCUGGGUUCUGACCGCUGCUCAUUGUGUACAUUUUGCUUCAGGGAGUCCAGGGCUUGGUGAUCCUAACAACUGGAUAGCAGUUCUUGGCGAAUACAACAGAACAAUCAUGGAAGAUACAGAACAGAGGAUAGAAAUCGACGGAAUCUUUCUCAAGAACUAUACUUUAUUUCCUCAGCUCAGUGAAGACAUUGCACUGUUGAAACUGAAGUCCCCGGCACGGCUCACCAACAGUGUUCAUCCUAUUAAUCUGGAUGUGGGUCGUAGGAUCUCCCCAGGCACUCCUUGUCAGGCAGCAGGCUGGGGACAGCACAGUCCAGAUGACGAGGGAGAACCACAGUAUGGUAACGGCACAUUGACACCGCGUGUGGCUGUAGUCAGGAGAGUUUCUCAAGAAAAGUGCAAGGCGAUCUACAGAGACAUGUGGCCCCUGGUUGACCACAGGGUGUUGUGCUUUAGUUCCAACUUCAAACAGGACACCUGUAAGGGUGACUCCGGUGGUCCGCUGAUCUGCAGCAAUGCUCGAGGACUGCCAGUGCUGACAGGGAUCGUGUCUGUGGGAAUGAGCUGCGCUCUACAAGACUACCCGGGGAUUUACACACGGGUCUCCAGCUACAGGGAUUGGAUCCUUCAUACCAUAGCUUCCAAUUAA